AUGGAUAUCUUACAGUUGAGCUACAUGCAUUUACCUGAUUAUCUAAAAGCAUGCUUACUUUACUUUGGGUCAUUUCUGGAGGAUGAAGAUUUUCCAGUAAGCAAACUGAUAAGGCUAUGGAUAGCAGAAGGUUUCAUAAGGCAAACUGUUGUAUGUAGCUUAGAAAAUCUUGCUGAGAAUUAUUUGACAGACUUAAUUGGUAGAAGCCUGGUAAUCACUGGUUAUGAUGAACCAUUCACCUCUUUUGAUGAAUUAGACUGUGGAGCUGAUUUUAUUGACCAUUAUCCUUCAAAGCCUGUAACAUUUGAGAGACAUCGAAUUUGCAUUUGUCUAAAUAGAAAGCAUUUUGUUAUGUCUAACCCUUCUGGCCCAUGCACCCGUUCUCUGCUAUUCUUUGCCACUGUUGAUCCAUAUCCUAGACGUCCCUAUGACAUCUCAUUCAUCCCUCGCCACUUCAAACUUCUCAGGUUGAGAUAUUUAGCUGUUAGUGGGGAUAUAGACUUCAUCCCACCAUCAAUAUCCAAUCUCCGGAAAUUAGAAACUUUCAUUGUGAAGGGGUUGAAAGGUAAGGUUGUAUUGCCAGAUUCGAUAUGGUCCAUGGAGAGGUUAAGGCACAUUCAUGUGAAUACUCAUGUUGAUUUCAACUUUCAAGAUGACAAGCCUGGAAAUUCAUUGAAGUUGGUGAACUUAGUCUCCUUUUCCUUGCCAUCAAUUGCUCGCGGGAAAGCUGCAAAGAUGAUAUUGAGGAGGAUGCCCAACCUCCGCAAAUUUGAAUGCAUAUAUCUGGAAUCAUGGGAUGCUUAUACAAAUUACAACAGGUUUCCGGUGUUAGACCUUCUAAUUCAUCUGGAGUCACUGAAGAUACUUUAUGUUGGUCGGGCACUUAAUCCUGGUGAACUUAAUCUCCCCUGGAACUCGAAGAAGUUGACUUUAUCAAGUUUUCGCCUACCGUGGACUCAUAUUUCAGCUAUUGGAAAACUACCAAACCUUGAAGUCCUCAAAUUACUUUCCAGAGCAUUUGAGGGUCCAAGGUGGGAUAUGAGGGAAGGGGAGUUCCUUGGACUCAAGUACUUGAAAUUAGACAGUCUGAAGAUUGUCCAGUGGAAUGCAUCAAGUGAUCACCUUCCCAAUCUCCAGCAACUACACCUGCAAAACUGUAAGGACCUUGAGGAAGUUCCACUAGCUUUUGCAGAUAUUAAUACAUUGCAAAUGAUUGAAGUGCAAUCCUGUGGGCUAACUACAGAAGAGUCAGUUAAAAGGAUUGGUAAUGAAUGCAUGAAGGGGCUCAAGAUCAUUAUCAAUAACAAGAUUUAUCUCUGA